AUGGUGCCAGCUCCAGAGCCCUGCAACGAGCCACGACCACGGCGUCAUUCAGACGAGUUGGCGUCGGCUCAAGCGCCUUUGGCACCUCUGGCGCUGUGGCAACGACCCCACCGUGGCCUCCGCCUCUGUGAAUCGCCUGACUUCGGGAGACCCCGAGAGCCUCGCGACCACCGGGACCACCGAGAGCAUCGGGACUGGCGACCGCCCCUGUCCCAAUCAACACGGAUGAAGGGCGACAUUUUUGGAGGCUACAAGGAGAUGUCCAUUCCGACGCAGGUCCCCGGGCAAACGCCCGAAGCUACCACCUGUACCACUUUCAGCUCGCUGAGCAAGGAGCUGCGUGAGCUCUACAUCUUGGCCAAGCGAACCAUUGUGGCCUACAUCCGAAUGGCUGCUACGGUGAUUAUCGCCGUAGUGGUGCGAUUGUGCCUGGACUGUGUGGGACUCAUUUUAACGCAGCAAGAUGCACUUUCAGCCAGCUUUUGGUUUGCACACUGCCACAAGGAUGGUACCUGUGUUUUGACCGGAUGUCUUCUUUUCUUCCUGUCAUUGGCAGUGUGCUCUCUCUUUGGAUGGGCCUGCCAGGAUUGGAUCACCGAUCCGAGCCGGAACCCGUUUGCAAGGAAGUUCUCCUUCUCCAUAAUGGUGGAUGCUGCCACAUGGAUUCCAAUUUCGGUGUCAGUGGGAAAGACUAAUGCGUUGGUUGAAUGGUUCAUGGAUGUUGGGAAAGACAAUCUUGCCCAGAUGCUGCCAGCACCACUCCUACGCUUGAGCGAUUGGCGGACGUUGGUUUCUUCUUGCCUCGCAGCUUUGCUGACGUUCAGCUGCGCCGUCAUGACUCAUUUGGCCAUGAAGUACUGUAGAGGGGUGGCGGACACCAAAGGACAAGGCCUACGUGGCUUCCUGCGUUUUUUCCUUUUAGCGACCAUCACAUGCCUCGGUUGGGCCGUGGCUUGGAGUAACUGGGAGCUGGUGUUGUCCCUCAUGGACGCGCUGGAGCCAGAUCAUCCAGAUCAUGACUUGACACUGGUGCGGGUGGUGAUUGCAGUUUGUUUGGUCUUGAGCAUUUGCUUCUACCUGAGGUUUGGGCCUGAGCCCAUCAUCCCGGAUCCUCAACUUCAGCAUCUCUGCUACAGCCAUGGCUACAGCAGCUCUGUGCAGCGAGCUUUUGUGUCUUACAUCGUCUACUCCUGCGUCGUUUGCAUGGUGAUGGUAUGCUGUGAUCCCACCUAUGGCUUGCUCAUUGCGUUAGCCAGCUGGGUCUAUUCUGCGACGUCAUCUAUGUUUGAUGUGCAGGCGCUCCUAGUGCUUUGUGGCCUUGCAAUGCUUGUGACGCUGCUCAGUGCAUUGUGCUCUGCAGGCAUCACUUGGGCCUUUGAGGUAGAUGCACUCACUUCUAUGCGUCUCUCGCGCUCAGUGAACGAUGCAUGUGCAAAAAUGGUGGAUCGCAGGCGAUCGCAGUUUGGCGAGAUGUUGUCACAAGUACAGAAGGCUGGCAGCGACGCUUGCUUGAUGGAGGCCGAGCUGGAGGAAGUGAAGGAUGCUCAUGCUGGUCCGCAUUGUCUCUAUGCGUCGAUGUCCAAUGAGGAAGCGCUUUCCGAAGUGGAGUCGGAACGGCAGCUGCGACUGAACCCUGGCUCCAUCUCCAGCACCAUUUGCGUGUCUGUGCUGGUUUACGACGUCUUGGGUUUUGUGGUGUGCUUCCAGUGGGGUAUGUUGGUGGUCCGUGGCUAUUCCGUGCUCUUUGGCCGAGUUGCCGCAAAGCUAGCUGAGCUUUGGAGAGGCACCCCGCCAAGCUCAGCGGAUGAGUCAUCCCAGGUGGCACAGCGCAACAUUGCAAGCUUCAAAAGCUUGCAAUGUGGAGCCGAGUUCGAGGUACGUGAAAGGCAUCUGGUGGCCAGACUAUGGUAUUUGACUCAUUUGACGGUGAAAUCGGUGAACGAUCCCGGAAUGUGUGCAGUACGUCCGAUGACGAUUGACUUUUGCGAUCAGAACAAGAUGCACCCCACAAACACCAUCUUCGAAAAUCAAAUUGCCAAAAAGACUCCGCUGCGGCGUGAUUUGGUGGCCAAUCCCAUGGGUCCUGCUACCCAAAUCAUGCCGCAGUUUCGCAGACAGCCACCUACGGAAGCUCUUUGGAGUUCAACCAUUAUCCAGCCGUACAAGAGUGGCGGGCGAGCAAGGGAGAUUUUCGAAGGUGCCUGGCACCGCCGUGCCCAUGAGUCGCGACAUCGACAUGAGGAGGUGAACCAUAUCGUGUGGCACUACGAAACCAUCCCGGCUUCUGCAUUGUGA